UGAGCGGCAGUGACAUACUCAUUGACGAGACCAGGCGAGGAGAAUUCCACUCAUGUCAGGCUCAGCGAACACAGCCAUGGAUGAUCAUCUACAGCGCUUUGGAACCAGCAACGAGAAUGGAAAUGACAGUGAUGACAGCAGUAGCGCCGGUCAACGAGAAGAAACAUCAAGCCAUCAGUCCGCUGCUGCUGUUGGUGGCCUUGCAGAGACGUCAUUCUGGAGCACCGUCUUCGCCGACACCUCACGCCCCCUUCCCGACACUGUCCUCGGCAGAUGGUGGCAUGAGCAACAACCGAUCGUCACGCGAUUCAUGCACGACUACGGAGCGGUCCUGGUUCGUUUCCUGACCCCUUUUACGCCACGCGCUGCUCGUCGAGCCGGGUAUUGCUGUGGUUGCCGUGCGCUUCUCCGAUCGCUGGACCGUAUCGACUUGGAGCUGCCCGGGGGUGAAGGAGGCUGGUCCUCUCGUUGGCGAAGUCGUCGGUGUGAUUGUGGUGAUCGGAGAUCAGCUCUUACAGAGGGCAUCAGCUCGGUUUGCGCAGCAGUAGGUGGCGCCGGCGUGGCAGCCGUCAUCAUUAUGGUUGCUGCAGCAGUCUCUUGGUGUAGCUGGCGGCGGUCAUCGCCCAGCUGGCUCCUCCUUCUGGGUGAGGUAGCGAUUGGAUCGGUCGGAGUGGCACACUACCUUGCCCGGGAUGAUGGCCAUACAGAAGCUAAGGUGCUCGAGGCGCACCUCGUAGCCCUCGAGCGGUCCCUCAGCCCCUUCUUCCGUGGGGUGCACGCUUGCAUGCGUAUGGUCAAGUGCUCCCAAACGCUCUCAUUUGGCCUACGGCUUUCGGUACCCAUGCCUCCGGUAGCGAGGAUGGAGGAACGGCUACCCGCCACAGGAAGUGGUGGCCUUCCAGGACGGGCGGAGGUGGCACUUCGAGAUCUGAGAUCUGUCGUUAUGGAUGUUCUCGAGGGAGGCGUGGAGCAGGCCAACGUUUUGCAAUUCAAGGAGCGAUGCGGCGACACUGAUGGCUUCUUGGAGAGCGUAGGGCAAGCAUCCGACUCAGGCGGCCGCCAGGGCAUGCAGUCCCUAGCGGACCUGGCUGGUACGGAAAGAAGGCUUGUCGUCGAUCUCCGUCGGUUUUUGGCGAUCGUGGCUGCGAGAGUCGAAGGGGUCAUGGUUGAGCCAGAGAUGUGGGGCUUGUGGUGGGAUAGCCAACUGGUUGAUGUUUCGGAGGCUCUGGCGGAGUUGGCGAGAUACUUCGAAGCGGCGAGUGGCAAGUUGGAGACGGCGAUUGGAUGUAAUGGCCUACCUUUUUUCCCCUCGGGUAGUACGAGCGCGAGCGGUGAGAUGACAGCUGCUGCAGAAGCAAUCUCUUCCUUGCGUCUACACUACGAGGAAAUUGUCGUGCGGCUCUACUUUUGCCAGAGCAACGCGCGCUCUCUGCUACGGGAUCCAUCGAAGAGCGCGGCGGACGCGUGGGAAGCUGUCCGUCAAGGUCUUGCCGAGGCGCGCUUGUCAACUGGACCUCUAAAUUGUGAUCUAAAUCUCUGGCGGAAAGCGGAGGACCUGGUCGAAACUAUGGCCAAUGAGGUUGAUGAAACCGGAGCCGCCUUGGAACCUGGCAAGUCGCCCAGCUCGGAGAGCAACAACCCGGAUCCCUCUCGCCAUUUGGAAGCGGGAACGGGGUGGGUUUCUUUGGCAACCCCGAAAGAAGAGGGCCCUCACGUGUUCGAAGGGGGUAGCGGCGACCACCCAAGCAAGGACGACGCGAGUUCUACGCCCGACACAGGCAUCACAGACGUCCAUGUCGGUGUGCCAUCCCCGGUUCGCAGCAGAUGCGAAAGACAAGAAGGCGCUGCUUCGCGACCGACACCCGAGGAGAUUGUAGGUGAAGACUCUCGCGAACUGCUUGUCAGCGAACUAGACUCUGUCCUUCGUGCAAGGCCGCUCCCGCCAACCUGUGAGAAGCGCCUUCCGCUGGUGAGCCAACAGUCGAUCGACAGUGAGGAUGGCAGCGACACGCCCGAAGAGCAGGGCACGGAGCGGCCGCUUGGUGUGGCAACGCCUCCGACAGGGUCAGCUUUGCCGACAGGCAGCCAAAACCUCAUGUCAGAGCUCCGCGCGCAGCUCAGUGGUGCUAUGAACGAGGAAUUUUUCUCAUCGGACAGGCUUCCGUGCCCCGUAACAAGCGACGCAGAGGAGGGCAGCGUUGUUGAGGAAAAUCCGUAAACAGAUCAGAGAGCCUUCACUCUUGGCCAAUCCAACGAUGCUUGAGUAUUUAUUUCGUGGCUUGCUUUCUUUCGUCAACGUUGUGGCACUCUCUUUUCCGGAGUCGUGUCUAUGAGUCCGGGUUUGUGCGUUGCUAUAGGUUGUUGUGAUGGUUUGCGUAGGACUGUAGUACGCAUGCGUUGCAUGGCAUGGACGGUUCCUGACAGCUGUUGUUUAUAUAUGUUGUAGAGAUGUCGCCAAGGUCUUUGUAAAUAUCCCGGCUCGAUAUGGCGAUUUCAUCAACCGCGUGUGUUCCCGAUAUGAUGAAAGUGUAGAAAAUGUUCAAAACGUAAACAGUUUCUAGAGCAAUUCUGCGCUCAAUAGAAAAUCGCAUGAAUCUUAGUUAGAUUCUGCCGUAUGUAGAAACAGAAGUUGUCGUCUAAAGAAGAUCUGGUCAAGUAGCACUCGUGGUAAGCCUCGUAAGUACAUGUAGCUGUGGAGAGAUUGCAUGCAACUGCAAACCCGCGAUUCUCGAUAGUCUUUUCAGCUGCGGAACAGUCCUGAAUUCCCUGUCUCGCGGGCUGUAGACUGUGCAAAGAACGCGUACACAGCUGUCCUUGCGUAGUUUUGGGUUGCCCGGUCAUUUGAGCCACGUUUAGCCCGUAUCGCCUGAGAGGCUACAGUAAUUAAUCUACUUCCCCCUUUUGAUCACGAUCGGGUCCACGAGGACAAUCGCUUUCUGGAGGCC